ACCAAAAAAACAUGUCCCAUCUUACCUUUUCCCAUCUUUACUUUGAUAUGUAAUUACUCUUUUCAGAUUAAUAGCACCACUAUUUAUAUGAUGUACACAUUUAGAUCGGGGGAAACUCCCGUGUUAGAAUUCUGAAAUAUCAUUCAUAUUUUUAUUUUAUGAUUCAGUGUCUUAGUCAGCAGGGGGCACCAGCUGAUAGUUGUAGCAAUGAUGCAAUCCAGCAGCAGUGGAAAUAAAACACGUUAGGACGUUAAGGCAGCACAUUUGAUGUUUAUAACAUUUUGAUUUCCUGCAAUGUGACUUUUUAGAACCGUGAAGGGCAGUUUAAAUGGAUACAACAUGUUUCUCUGAAUUUUAAUCAACUUCUUCAAAUAAGCACACAAAACUUCCCAGCGUUAAAUAGCAUCAUAUAUAGGGAUUUCUAUUGUGUUUUGAUUUCACACAUGGUUUAACAUCAAAAGAAUAAAGUUGUGAAAAUGUCACUGUAUGAAAUUGUUUCCAUCAUGCGCACAAUUGUAGCACUUCCAUGUGAUGGUUCCCUUGUGCAAGAGUUUAAGAAUAGCUUCUCCCUCAUGUUUACGAACGUCAUGUUGAUCUGUUAUUGAUGUAUGUCAUAAGACACUUGGAUAACCACUGAUUAUGAAUGCUUGGUAGAUGUGAUACAUAUGAGAAAUUAGGUGUUCAAAUUUAAAUUAAUAAAUUUUCCUUAAAAUAUUACUAAAGAAGGGACAUUAAAAAUAUAAGUUCCUUGAAAGUGAAUGUGCAUUUAGCAUUGGUAUGGGUGGUAUAUACACUUUCCAUUGACUGUUGAGAUUAUUAUCUUACCAUUGUUUGUGUGAAAGUAACAUUUUGCUACAUCUAAAUAACCACUGUAUCAAAAACGGCAGACAAGACCUAUCCUAUUUACUGUAAACCUGGUAAUAUUUUUGUAUCUGGUCUCAUCAACAAGACUAAGACAAACAUGUACAUUGUGACAUUUUGGUAGACUUGAUUAGCAAAUUUUUAGUUUUUAAAAGUUCAAUAUAUUAUAAUAAUUAAGAAAUCUACCUGAGUAAGGACAUAAUUAGUCAUCAGACCUGUCAAUGUCAUCAGUUGAUUCAGAUUGAAAUAUUAAUGGUCAGAGCAUGAGUUAAGUUGCUGUUGUUGACUAAACUAAGCAGGUUAUGUACAUAACAAGCUAGGCAAAUGGCAGCAAAUCAAAAUAGAAAAAAUGGAAAAACAACUGUUGCAUGAUGUUGACAUUGAGUUGUUUACCAAUUAGACUGAGCUCCCUCUCCUAGGUAGGGCUCCUCUGAUCCAGUCACAUGCACCUUGUUUGUCUCUGCUUCGUCUACCACUCUGUCUCUGUUAGAGGGGACACAGUGCUCGCUGGGACAGGUGACACAUGCUGCACUGGGUAGGAGGGGGGUAUUUCUGUGAAAAGAUCCCUGGCCGGCAGGCAGGCAGGAAUGUGUGCUCUGGUUGGUGGAAAGGAUCAGAUGUCACGGACUGGUAUAAAGUGCAGAGCUGCUAGCUCUCCACCAGAAUAGAUAGAAGCAUUUCACGAGUGACAGGAAACACGUUCUUGGUGUCUGCUCUCCACUUCAGCAAUUUGUGGAAAUCGACUAACUCGGUCUAGCUAUAGCCAGAGACUUUUUCAUUAUGGACGUCCAGAGGACAGGAUCUAUGGUUCGGCCCCCGAGCCCCAUGGACAGCCUUGAGAAGCAGUUGAGCUGCCCCAUUUGCCUGGAUAUGUUCACCAAACCCGUGGUCAUCCUGCCCUGCCAGCACAACCUGUGCCGUAGUUGUGCCAGUGACCUCUAUGACUCGCGCAACCCAUACCGCUUUUCUGGUGGCGUCUUUCGCUGUCCUACUUGCCGGUUUGAGGUCGUGCUUGACCGCCACGGCGUGCAUGGCCUCCAGCGCAACUUGUUGGUGGAAAAUAUCAUCGACCUCUAUAAGCAGCAGCAAGAAGGUAGCAACAGUGGAAGCACAGAAACCACCCUGAAGUCGAAGGAAACCAAAGAACCAAUGUGCCAAGAACAUGAGGAUGAGAAAAUCAAUAUCUAUUGCGUGACCUGUCAAGUACCUACCUGCUCCAUGUGCAAAGUGUUUGGCCAGCAUAAGGACUGUGAGGUGGCGCCUUUAGCCAGUGUUUACCAGGCCCAGAAAGGUGAAUUGAGUAAUGCUAUUGAUACCCUGGUGGCCAGCAAUGGGCGCCUGCAGGCCCUCCUCAACCAGAUGGAAGAUGCCUGCCGUGCUGUACAGGAGAACGCUCAGCGUGCUAAACAAGGGCUGGGUGAACGCUUUGAUCUGUUAUAUGCUGUCCUAGAAGAGCGCAAGACCAUUCUGCUGGAGCAGAUUGGGAAAGAGCAAGAUGAAAAAGUGGCAGCUCUGCGGGCACUGGCUCAACGUUAUGGUGAACGACUGCAGGCUAGUUCAGAGCUGACCGAUUCGGCUGUAAGGGCAUUGGAGCAGAGUGGAGCAGCUGAGUUUCUUUUGGCUUCUAAGGGGCUUAUCACACAGACCAAAGAUGCAGCCAAAUCCUCAAUGGGAGAAGACAGACCAGAGCCGGGCUUUGAGAAGAUGGACCAUUUUACUUUGGCAACAGAGCACGCUGAAGCAGUCCUUGCAAAGAUGGACUUCGGUGUGGGUGAUGAGGAUGAAUUUGAGGAUGCAGAAGAAGAGGAGGAGGAGGAAGAAGAGGAGGAAUAAUGAAAACAGAAGUUGUUAUGGACUUUAGUAUUGUAAUAUGUGCUUUUGAAAGUUUUUUGAAAUAAGGAAGUGUGUAUCACAAGGAUUGUCCCUUGGAUAUUGAAUGAAAUAUAAGGCUAGGAUGGAUGUGGGCUGAAAUGGCUUGUCCUUACCGUCAGUGCAAUAUUUAAUUUGAAUGUCGUAUCUGUACCUUUUCUUAACAUCUUUUUAUACUUUUGUACUUCUAAGCCAGUUAAAUGGAAAAUAGGUCUACAGAAAUGUGAGUCCAGGAUGUAUGAAGAUUGAAUGCACAUCAUUUUCUUCAUAUGUAGCUAAUAGGAUUUUUUGUUAUUUUAGCAGAUUUCCUUUCUCACUUUGUCAGUUUGUGUUUAAUUGGUGAUCAGCUGAUUGAUUUGUAAUUACCAAAUCUGUCUUUUCUGAUUCGUGGAAUAAAGCUGCAUGAAGUUAAGCACCAA